UGUCGAACUGUAGACAAUAUUUAUCAUGAUAAUAUCGGCUUUUGAGUUUUGCAUUCCCUUGAUUUUUCUAGUAUAUAAUGGGAGUGACUGUCCUUCAACAGUAUCCUGUUCCGGAAAACAAAACCGGCACAUAUGUAAUAGAGUUAUUGACGAAGAGAAUUCUUGCACUUGGAGCGACUCAACAGGGCCAAUUUUUAGUAGACUGCGAAAGUUACCUCUCCCACCCGCAAAUGGGUCUAAAUGUCUAUCCUUCAGGUACAACUAAGACUGUGCACAUUCUUCAUAAUUCUGAGCAACCUGCCUCGGUAUUUUCUAUCUUAGAAAGUGGCACAAAGAAUAUACAUGUUAUUGCGGACGGAUUAUUUGAUUUGUUGAUGAUGAAGCUUUCACAACAUUACACAUCCAAGAAACAAACUAAAAUAGAAAGUAAGGGACCUAAAUUUGAACUUGGAGACUUUUGUGUGAAGCUAGGAUCUGUUACCAUGAAUCAGAAUUUUAAAGGAGUUUUAAUUGAGGUGGAAUAUCGUCCAUGUGUGAUGGCAAAUGCAGUCUGGGGCCUACUCCGGGAAUUUCUCCAAGGUCUUCUCGGACCAUCAAUACCUAUACAACCUCCCCAACACCUACUGAGUCGGAUGAAUGAGAUAUACACACCAAUAGACACAAUAUAUCAGUACUUAGAACAUUUUAGUGCAUACAGAAAGACUACAGGCUUAAGGAGUGCGUGAUUUAGUUAUAUUAAGUUAUUAUGUGGUUGCUGGAAUGAAUGCUUUUUUACUGA